AUGUCUAUCUCUCAGUCGCCUGUUGGAACACCAGUUACAUUUUAUUCAAAGGCAAAAAUCUAUUGGAGUCAAGUUCCAGCUACAGUUGACGGAAUGUUAUCAGGUUAUACCUCGUUAAAUGUCCCGGAUAUUGCAGAUUCUGAGAUAUUUCUCGAUGAAUUCGGACCAUCUACUACAGCGUACGCAUUAGAUUGUGGUGCUGGUAUUGGGCGUGUUACUAAACAACUAUUAUUACCACGUUUCUCUAUUGUCGAUAUGGUUGAAUUGACACAAUCAUUUCUUAAUCAAGCAGAAGAAUAUAUUGGACCCGAAGAUUUUCCUAGAGUUGGUGAACGCUUCUGUAUUGGUUUACAAGACUUUACUCCGCCAACUGGUCGUUAUGAUCUAAUAUGGAUUCAGUGGGUAUUAGGCCAUUUAUCAGAUUUAGCUUUGUUAGCCUUUUUAAAACGUUGUGCUCAUGGACUUUCUCCAGGCGGUGUAAUUGUAAUUAAAGAAAAUAUCACUUCACCUGGUGGACACGAUGAAAAAUCAAUCAUGAAUUCAGAAGAAAUCGAUUUCGAUGAGAUCGAUAGUAGCUAUACAAGAUCACGAUCAACUUAUAUAAGAGCUUUUAUGGAUACUGGUUUAACAUUAAUUGGUGAACGUGCUCAAACAAAUUUCCCGUCAUCAUUUUAUCCAGUAAGGAUGUUUGCAUUAUCAUAUAACGGUGAUCCGAAAGCAUCUCCUACAAAAUCUUUGCCUAAACCACUACCAACUGGGCCGCCAAACCAAAACGUAUCAUCAGUCCUUGAAUUCACUAAAUUCUAGUCUUAGCCAUGUUGGUAGAUACACUCUACUUGGUUGGGGUCCGCGUGACUAUCGUAACCAAUGGUUGGAGAGUCUUGGUGACAUGGUUCAGAAUCGAUCACAAUGGCGUAGAUGUAUACACUCUUUGUCUUCCCUUAAACCGUGAUAUUAAAAUCGCUUCAUAUCUUUCUUUCUAUGAACUAAUUCUUUCUUCCUGUACUAUGUGUCCUUAUAUGCAAUCUUUCUUUUAUAUAUUAUUACCAUUGAAGCGACUAUUUCUAUGAAUUUGUUGAUCAUCUUGUUAUGCUAAUGCAGUGUGGCAACUUGUAGCGAUGCAUAUAUGUGCCUGGUCCUACAUUGUAGUUGACUGACUGAAUAUUUAUUUGUAUAU